CGUCACUCCGGUAUCACAUGACCGAGCCGGGACCAAUCCACACGCAGCCCUACCGAAGCACUCGGUUCCUCCACCGAGAUAGGGAGGAAAAAAGACAGAAAAGGGAACCAUGACUCCGAGCAUCUGAAGAACAAAUACAAUUGAACGCAGCGUAGAUCUUGUACCUGGUUAUUGUUUCAUAUUCGGAGCAGGAAGACUGGAAUAAUAUGCCGUGGCGAGAGACGGCAUGGUUACCAUAAUGGCUCGAACAUAUUGAAUAGCCCUCGACGCUCAAAGGAAAGACAUUAUACUUCAUUGAACCUUCCUCAUCUUGACGGGCUUAUUUAAUGGCUUCAAUCCUCGCCGACCCUUGUCUUAUCCGUAGCUCUGUUGAGGUCGAGUCAGGGUGGAUCGCGUGAACCUCUAUAUGCCAAACACUGGAACGCCAUUAUUCGGCCUCGAAAUCAAAAGACAGCCACCUGAUCUGAUUCAACGCCGUCGAGUUUCGCUGAGGGGAAUCAUGGAUUUUAACGGGAGCGGCGGGGGAAAUGAGCUGCACAACAAUCAGUUUUAUCCGUCCGAAGAGAGUAAGCCUCUGCUGGGGGAAAUGUCCGCGCAGCCGCCGCCGCCGCCGGAGGGGAAUAAUAAUCACAAAGCGGGGCCCUGCAGCAAGAGGAGCCUUCUACACAGCAGCAGCGGCAUGAGAUACAAACUGCUCCAGGAGGGGGACAUCCAGGUGUGCGUGGUCAAGUACCCGCGGACCUUCCUCAGUAAGCUCCUCACCUCCAAGUUUUUACGGAGGUGGGAGCCGCACCACCUCACCUUGACGGACAGCAGCCUGGUGUCUGCCACGCCCACAGGAUACAUGGAGGCCCCUCUGUCUUACAGCACUAUCGAGGACCUACAGCUGUUGUCCUGGGACAACGCCCCUAAAUACUGUGUCCAGCUAAGCUUCCCUGGAGGGACAGUCCUCCUGCAGGCUGCUAACAGCUAUCUGCGGGACCAAUGGUUUCACUCGUUACAGUGGAAGAAAAAGAUCUACAAGUACCGAAAGGUUCUGAAUAACCCGAGCCGCUGGGACGUGGUUCUGAAGGAGAUCAGGGCCCUGGUGGACAUGGCCCUCACCUCACCCCUGCAGGACGAAUCCAUCCAUCAGGCCCCGCUGCACAUCAUCUCCACCCUGCUUGCUGAGAACACUAACCUCAGCGCUCAGGACCAUGAGAACAUCAUUGUGGCCAUCGCACCCCUGCUGGAGAAUAACCACCCUCCCCCUGACCUGUGUGAAUUCUUCUGCAAGCACUGUAGGGAGCGUCCUCGGUCGAUGGUGGUGAUUGAAGUGUUCACUCCUGUGGUUCAGAGAAUCCUCAAACACAACAUGGACUUUGGGAAAUGCCCCAGGCUCCGUCUCUUUACUCAGGAGUAUAUUUUGGCUCUGAAUGAGCUUAACGCUGGCAUGGAAGUGGUCAAGAAGUUUAUUCACAGCAUGCACGGUCCCACCGGACAGUGCCCUCAUCCUCGGGUUCUCCCCAAUCUCGUGGCGGUGUGCCUGGCUGCCAUCUACUCUUGCUAUGAAGAGUUCAUCAACAGGACAGAGCGCAUCAUUACAGGUCUUCUGCAGAGCCCUGUGGUUGCCACAGGGCCCUUGCACAUGCCAAAUUCACAAACCCAAGUAGACUACAAGGCAGCUCACGACAUUAUCUGUGGAGAGUUCAAAAAACUCCAGGGAAGUCCAUAUGUAGGAUAUAGCAGUGAUCUCUGUGUGUCUGCCGUGCAGAUCCUGUGUUUGAUGCUGGAGUACAACAUCAUAGAGAACAAAGACACUCAGCUACAGAUCAUCUCCACCCUGGAGAGCACCCAGGUCGGCCUGCGCAUGUAUGAGCAGCUGUGCGACAGACAAAGAGAGCUAAAAGAACUGCAAAGAAAAGGAGGCCCUACUCGACUUACUCUGCCCUCUAAAUCUACGGAUGCUGACUUGGCUCGUCUGCUGAGCUCCGGUUCCUUUGGCAAUCUGGAGAACCUCAGCUUGGCGUUCACCAACGUCACCAGUGCCUGCGCCGAACAGCUCAUCAAACUGCCAUCCCUCAAGCAGCUCAACCUAUGGUCCACCCAGUUUGGAGAUGCUGGGCUGCGUUUGCUAUCGGAGCAUCUGGCCUGUCUGCAGGUUUUGAACUUGUGUGAGACUCCAGUCACAGACGCUGGCCUGCUCUCCCUCAGCUCUAUGAAAAGUCUGUGCAGCCUGAAUAUGAACAGUACUAAACUCACAGCGGACACAUAUGAGGACCUGAAGGCCAAACUACCCAAUCUAAAAGAAGUGGACGUUCGCUACACGGAGGCGUGGUGAACACGACGCUCGAGGAGAUUUAUAGACGCAGGAAAUCGCUGACACAUCAUCCGAACACAACAUAAUCAAGAAACGAGGACUGUAUUUAUAGGGCCUUCAUUCAAGGACCUUCUGAUAAUAUCAUAAACGCUCAAGAAUCAUCUAGUGUCUCAUCCGAGGAGGCUCUUUGCAGCGGCAUCAAAAUGCAAGAAUAUGUCCUGUGACAUCAUCAGACAGCACAGGAACCUUUCUAAUGACAUCACCAGGGGACUUUUUCUCUGUCUCGUUCUCGCCUAACCCUUCAAGAGGGUCCAUGUCCCUCGUUUUAACCCAUAACCGGCAUCCUUUUUCAUCCCUCCAGAAGACAUCAGACCACCUGGAUACAUUUCCCCUGUUGUACCAGCGUCUGGUGAAGGCCUGAAUAUUCAAAGCCACAUUCCAGUACAGUUUUGAUAUCACUUCCUGUGUGGAAAGCCAACUUCCACAAUGUGUUUUUUUUUUUUUUUGGUCUUGUUACAUGUGUGCUUGGUCUUCUCGGUUCAGAAUACAUCGUUUUUGAAUCCUCAGAGAUUUCUGGUGUAAAAUGGGUCGGUUAACAAUGUUCACGUUCUUCUGUAUAUCUCUAUCGCUCUGAAAAUCAUUUUUUAUCAACGAAUGAAUAAGCAUAUUUUUCCAUACACUGCUUUCAUAUACGUGUGUGUUUGUAAAGAAAAUCGGCGUAUCCCCAUUUUUAAUGCGGACAUUUCAGGGGCUUCGCUCAAAAAAAAAAUAGUUUCUGUUCAUCAUUUCCUUUCUCUUUUUUUUUUUUUUAGCUACAUUGUGUACAGUGUAAUUUUAAUUUCACACCCUAUUUAAGAGAACGUCGUCCAGGAAGUAGUCUGGGACUACUGUGUAUUUAUGAACCCCCCUUUCUGGUCCUUUUUUCUUUUAUGAAGUACUUUUGUCAAGCAUACUGAACCAAGAUGGUGCCUAAAACAUUUUCUGUAAAGAUUGCAUCACCUAGCAACGUCAGUUAAGUUGUACAUAGAUACAUUACAGACUUUUAAACAGAUUAAUAGACUUUAUUAUUCUCUGUAAACUUCGCCUCUAGUGGUCGAUAGGAGUCCACCACGAGUGUCCUGCCACAAAGGUUGACAAUGUUCCUCAUAUUUAUAUCGAAAUCGAGCCAAGAUUUGCGCUAUGUUCAUUAUGGCUUGUUAUGCAGUUUAACCUUUUUAUAUUUCGUUUUCUCGCUUUUGUGAUCAACGUCUCUUCGAACAUAUAGUUUAUGACCACUGUAAUUAGUUACAGUCAAUAUCUUGAUUAGUAGAGAAACAAGACAGAUCUUGUAGAAGAAAAAAAAAAGACGGUCGGAAAUAAAAGAAUCAGUUUGCCGUCUUAACUUAAAUGGAGUUUUUCUUAUGUUUACAAAGGCGUGUCUGUCUCUACGCCCACGUUAAACUAUAUCCAGAGAGAGUCGCUGCCCCGGUCUUGAAAGUAGCAGUUUUCGGCAGUUCCAGCUUUUGUGUGUGCGUUCGAUUUCACACAGAUAUAGAUGCCGUCCAGAGGGGGGCGUUCAGUACUGGGUGCCAUAAUGGCACCAACUCGUGUGCUGCCAUCUUGCAUAGUUGCAUACUGUAUAAUGUAUAUAUGAGUGUAUAUAAUUUCCCGUUUCUCUUUCUCAAGUUUUUGGGAGACUUUGUUGCCUUUAUUUUUUUAGAUGUGUGCAUAUGGUCACCCGUUUUUGUUGCCUCUCCCGUCCCCAGACCAAGUGCACUGUCAUUGUGUUCUUUUUUUUUUUUGACUAUGAUAAGUUUAAUCCAUUUUUGUUGCCUGUUUUGUUUCUCUUUUUGCAUGUUUGCAAUUUGAUCAUAUAGAUUUAAUAUAAAGGGUCAAAUCACUAGCCCCUUCAACCAGUUACCAUAUGGAUCAAUACGUGUUUCUAAAAGUGAAAGAUGGACAGAGUUAGUGUAAACCGAUGGAUUAUAUUGGGAGUGUGUUAUUAAGGUGGACUAGAAACUGUGCCAUUCUGUACACUGGUGAAACUCAGGCUGAUGCAUUGUAAUGGUCUUCAGUCCUAAAAGCGGACUAUUUUUCUCUGUGGCGGGAAGGAUUCAGGGGGUUGGGUUUCCCUCUGCCUUCAUUUUGUUACGAAAUUAUAAAAAAAGCGCCAUAUCUUUGAGACAAUUGCUAAUCUAUUGAAGUUGAAAUCCAGUUUGUACAUCAGUCAACCGUUUCCUGAUUAAUUUGUAAUAUCCUGUGGAACUCACUGUGCUAUUUGUGUUUCCAAUGUCUCCUUAUCAACAUAUUAUAAUGUCUCAUUAAUUUCAGCUUUUUUAUUUUUGUUGAAAAGCGCUUUUUGCUAUGUUGAAUUGAGACUGAGUCUUAAUCUGAUGUGGGUGGGCUCGGCGCGGCCCCUGCGGCAGUCGUGUACAUACAGAAUGAACUACAUUUCCCAUGACUCCUGGAGUUUUUGCAGAUAGAUCUGCUGCCCUUAUUUCUUGUUUUUCUGCUUCUAUCUACAGCUGGGUUGCUGCUGCUGCUGCUCUAUGGCUGUUGUAAUGAGAACACAAACUUCAACAGGAAAAUAAGCCUAAUAUGUGAACCAGUUUCAAUCAAAAUAAACUGUCUGUGAAUAUGUUUCAAAUA